AUGGAGCAGGGGCGAGCGCCGGGGCCGGCCCCGGGCCGCUUUGCACGCCUGGUGGGGCCUCUGUUAGAUGGGGCCCAGCGCCCAGACGCGCAGGAGGCAGCUAAGGUCAUCACCAGCCUUGGCCGCGCCCAAAGGUGGCAGGAGGCCUUGGCGUCCUUUCUGCCAUGGCAAGCCUCGGCCAAGUCGAUCGUUUGGAACAGCGUCAUCAGCGCCUGCACGAACCAUCGGACGGGCUGGCAGGUGGGGCUGGCUCUGCUGGACUUGUUGGAAAGAGACUCAAAUUGCAAAGCCAAUGUGGUGAGCUACAACCUCGUCCUCGGUGCCUUGAUGAAAUGCUCGGAGAUGGGCGUCGCGGUGAACCUGCUCAGGGACUUCCCCUCUCGGCAGAUUCUGCCGGACACCUGCUCUUUCAACACGGUGAUGGGCACCCUGGCGAAGCAGCCGCCACGAUGCGACCUUGUCCUCUCCAUCCUGGAGGAGUGCGGCCGCGGCCCGGGCCUGGACACCCAGAGCUUCAACAUCGCAGUGGCGGCCUGCGGCCGCGCCAACCGCUGGCAGAAGGCCAUCGACUUUCUGGAGGUGAUGCGCUCUGCACGCUCGCAGCCAGACCUGUACAGCUACACCUCAGCCAUCUCGGCUUGCAAAGAGGCGGCAGCCUGGAAGGCGGCGGAGUUGCUCGAGGAGAUGAAGGGCGCGAAGCUCCAGCCGGGCAUCGUCACUUACGGAGCUGUGAUCAGUGCCCGAGCUAGCGACGGGGACUGGAAGGCUGCCCUCGCCUUGCUCAACGAGGCCAAAGACAGCAGCCUGGAAGUGACCACCAUCGCCUGCAACUCUGUCAUUGACGCGUGCGAGAAGGGUGCGCAGUGGAGUCUGGCGCUCUGCCUUUUGGAUGAAAUGUCCGAUGAGCGGAUCCCUCGCAGCACUUCUUCCUUCAACUCGGCGCUCAGGGCCUGCGGCGCCUGUCGGCGCUGGCAGCGGUCCCUGGCGCUGCUGGGCGCCAUGGGUGCCCAGAGCUGCCGCCCGGACAUGGUCUCCUUCAACGGCGCGAUCGCAGCCUGCGUCAAAGGACUCGCGUGGGCGCAGGCCAUCACCAUCAGCCAGACCAUUGGCACUUCUGGCUUGGAGCCAGACGAUGUUACUUGGACCUGCCUGCUGUCCGCCUAUGGGGCGGGACAGCAGUGGAGAGCCGCCCUGGAGCUCCAUGAGAGGCUUGGCCGGUGGAAGGCGCCUUCCACCAUCGUCACGAAUGCCCUGCUGGGAGCGCUUGAAGGAGCUGGGCGGUGGUUGGAGGCGCUGCACCUGCUGAGCCGGGCCAGAGGCGCCAACUCCGCAUCAUACAGCGCCGUGAUUUCUGCUUGUGGUCGCAGCAGCUGCUGGCAAUGGGCAGUGUGGCUGCUGGCUGAGCUUCGGCAGCGGGGCCUCUCUAAGGAGGACACUGCAGGAAGGCGUUGGGCCGUCGCUUACCGUGCUGCGGUUCAAGCUUGCCGUCGGGAGCUCAAGGCCGCUGAGGAAGCGGGGCUGGGAUUCAAAGAGGACGCCACUGCAGCCCCCUCCGAAAGCCCAGCCGACCCGGCAGCAGCGCCUGAAGCGCCAGAAACAGCUGAAGCAGCUGAAGCCGAAACUUCGGCUGAAGCAACGGAGCCGGCGAAGUCAGUGUUCCUCGCAGGCAGGAAGUUUUCCGCCCGAGCGGAACUGGCAGAGCAUGUCAAGAAGAUCCAGGAGUCUGUAGCAAGUGACGAUGGCAGCAAGGGCGAUUUGUCAGUGGAGGACAACUUGUUUAUAUUCCACCUCCUCCUGCAUCACCCAAAGGCUGUCGAGAAGAUGAUCAAGCCCAUUUCGCACUUCAGAUACGGAAUCUACGACAAGUUCAAGAACAAGUGCUUCAUCAGCGUAGCGGCCGAUGGGCCGGGAGUAAGCGCUGCCAAGAGCAUUGACGUGAUCUUCCCGAAGACGGGAACUGCAGCAACUGGCAGCGGAUCCGCUGGCCUCGUUGCAGAACCACCGGAGAAGAAGGAGAAGGGUCAGAAGAGGCAGCGGGAGGAGAAGCCUCCUCCAGAGCCCCGCGCCUUUGAGCCCCAUGAAAUGGUCAGAGGCUGCGUCGUGGACGUGCAGGGGCUCCCUGCCAAGGUCCACUAUCACAGGCUCAAAGAGCUCCUGAGCGGCUGCGGCAAGGUGCGCUUUCUUCAGCUCCUCAACGUGCCGAAGUCCAAGGAGCCGCCACAGAAGAAAGCCAAGACGGAGGAGGGAGAGAAAGAGGGAGAGGAGGCCGAGGCGGCAGAGGAGGCUGAGGAGGAGGAAGAGGCGGAGGAAUGUCCUGUGACAGCCCGCUGCCGUUUUGAUGACCCAGAGGGGGCAGCGGAGGCGAUGAAGGCCCUUGCAGGAUCAGAGGUGCAGGGCGCCAAGGUGGAAAUGGCUUUGCUCGAGGGCGAGGCCGAAGACGCCUACUGGGAGCAGACAAACAGGCCGACUUUUACGGCUGCCGUGUCCGUGCUGGCAGAUGGCCAUUGGAGGCGCUCGCUGGAUUUGCUGGAGGAGAUGCAGGCGUCCCGGCUGCAGGCAGACAUCGCCACCUACCGCGAGGCCAUCAUGACCUUGGAGGAGGAUCAACAUUGGAGCAAAGCGGUUGGGAUGCUGGAUGAAGCUCGUGCUGUUCGCUUGCGGCCGGAUGAGAGCGCCUAUCGGGCCACCAUAAAGGUCCUGCAAGCUGCGCGGCAAUCAGCGGCACUGCAGCGUCUCGAAGAAGACCUGGCAGUUUUGCAGCUGAAGGCGCAAGACGCUCAAGGUCGAACAGAAGGACUGUCAAGCAGGCUCCUCCGCCACAUUGGUGGGGCGCUUGGCUGA